UGUAUGUAAUGAAUCUGUUUGAAAGAUGUUCUGUGCUGGUGCUGUAUGUAAUGAAUCUGUUUGAAAGAUGUUCUGUGCUGGUGCUGUAUGUAAUGAAUCUGUUUGAAAGAUGUUCUGUGCUGGUGCUGUAUGUAAUGAAUCUGUUUGAAAUAUGUUCUGUGCUGGUGCUGUAUGUCGGAGGAUUCUGAAUUGCAGGUAACAUGGAUAUUGUAUUGCUAGUCGAUUCUCCAGCAUCGCUGCAGUAUAGUUUGUAUUGUUUGGAUAAGGAAGUCCCCAGUGUGUUUGUUUUUUAUCCCACAUAUUGUAUUUGAUAAUAUAUCAUAAAUGAGGUAGUUAGUCCGGUAAAAGCUGUAUCACCACUCAUUUUCUCAUAAUAUUAUAACUGACGUGGACUUCACUAAGAUGGCCGACGCCGGCUUCACCAAAUGGUGACGUUAUGCUGCAUCGGCCAUCUUGGAUUUGCGAGUGAACUGGUGACCACACUUGAUCUGGUCUGGGCUGUACGGCACGCGUUUAAUCACAGAAUAAACAAUUCAUUCAUAAGAAUGCUCGCUGGCACAACGAGGAUACAAGAGUAUUUGACACCGCAUAUGAAUAUACUUUUAAUGAGGGUAAAAUAGUAAUGCAGUAAAUACUGCAACACAAAAACCUUCCGAUCGUCGCCGCUCCGGAGAAUGUUGCGCAGUAUCCCGAGCCCUCGGCCGAGAGAGAGAGCUUGCAAGUGGGGUAGACACUGAGAAACCCUGAGACACACGGUUAUGGACCUAGCCCAAUUGCUUGUUCGUUUUUAUUAGUAUCCUUCGGUUAAAUGUGUUCGGUUGUUGUAUUUGUAAAAUCUGGCAGGACAAUACGCACCCAGUUGCUAAGUAACGGCGCUGUUAUAUUGUGUGUUAUUAUUGUUUAAUAACGGUGUGAUGCGAGUAACUACCUGGUGACAGGACUCUGUGUACACGCUUUUGAUUAUGACGAGUCACAGGUACAUGGUCGUCUAGUUACUGUUAUAAACAACAUCCACGACCGCGCUGCCGUGAUGAUCGACCACCGCCCCGGGGUUUUGAGUCCGCAGAGCCCGAGAGAGCCGCUGGGCUCCACCGAGCUCUCCAUGCCCCGGGACCGAGUCUCGCUUCAGAAAAGCAACGUGUGCUCUCGCUCCUACUUUGUCUUGGUCAUGGUGUUUGUGCAUGUGUACAUAAUCAAUGUCAUCGCGUUGCUGCUCUACGUGCAUUACAACAACGGCCCCGGGGACAGCUCUGCUGUGGAUGGCCAGGACUCUGCUAACCCGUCCUUCAGUAACAGCGGGGCCCACCCGCUGCCCGUGAACCCGGAUCCCGGGCCAGACGCCAUGUAUCUCCCUCGCCUGGAAGGCAUCAAGGUGGGACAUGUACAGAAGGUGGCGCUGGUGCCAAAUAAAGUCCACGAGCUGAAGACGCUCAGCAUGAAACCCCUGCUCUUCGAGAUCUCUGGCUUCCUGUCUGAUGAAGAGUGUCGUCUCCUCAUUCACCUGGCCAAGCUGAAGGGGCUGCAGGAGAGCCAGGUGAUGAUCCCAGAGGGAGGGGACGAGCUGGCAGAGCAGCUGGAGAUCAGCCAAGAGGAGAUCUUCAAUCUGCUGGACCACAACCAGGACGGGCAGCUGCAGCUGCAGGAGGUUCUGACCCGUUCGCGUGUCCGGGACGGGAUCUGGCUCACUCCGGAGAACGUGAGGGAGAUCUAUGCAGGGCUGAAGGCUGAUCCUGAUGGGAACGGGAUGCUGAGUGUACAGGAGUUUAAGAAGCUCAAUACCAACGCCUUCCAGCAGUUCCUGCAGCAGCGCGGAGUGGAGAAGAGCCAGCUGGUGCGCAACAGCAAGCACACCUGGCUGUACCAGGGGGAGGGGGCACACCAAGUGCUGAGGCAGCUGCAGCAGAGAGUGACUCGUCUGACACGCCUGCCCCCUGACAUCGUGGAGAACAGCGAACCGCUGCAGGUGGUGCAUUACCAGCGGGGGGGGCACUACCACGCUCACCACGACAGCGGGCCUGUGUACCCCGAGACUGUCUGCUACCACACCAAGCUGGUAGCCAACGCUAGCACCCCUUUCGAAACUUCCUGCCGGUAUAUCACAGUCCUGUUCUACCUGAACUCUGUCCCUGGAGGGGGGGAGACGACCUUCCCAGUUGCCGAUAACAGAACAUACGAGGAGCUGUCUCUGAUUCAGAACGAUGUGGAUCUGCUGGACACCCGGAAGCAUUGUGACAAGGGCAACCUGCGCGUGAAACCCAGCCAGGGCACAGCCCUUCUGUGGUACAACUACCUGUCUGACGGGAAAGGCUGGGUGGGGGACCUCGAUGAGUACUCUCUGCACGGAGGCUGCGUGGUCACUCAGGGCACUAAGUGGGUUGCUAAUAACUGGAUUAACGUGGACCCAGACUCCCGACGGCAGACUCGCUACCAGCAGCUCGUGUCCCGCCUGGGUGGGGAGGAGACUGCCACAGAGAGGCUGGAGGAGCUGUACCGGGGGAUCCACGCAGACCAGAAUCAGAACUUCCACACAGACCAGGACCUGCACCAGGACCUCCACACAGACCAGGACCUGCACCAGGACCUGUAGCAAUCACUCGUCUAUUGAGAAGUGAAGAUGGGAACCAGCAGAUCUCAUGGCUGUGUGAAGCAGCAUGCCAGCAUGUCUUCAGAAGAGCCUUCUCUGGGAUGCAACUGUAAAUAGCCAUAACUUCUUGUUUAGUUUGCAGUAGAACCUAAAGAGUUUCUCAGCUUUCACAUCACUGCAGUCUUCUAUGAACAGCUAUGGCUGAAGGAAGUCUCCUAGCGUUCCUGUUUAGCUUUCAUUUUCACCUGGUUGGUGGACAGAUGUUGUAAUUGCACUAAGAUUCCAGACUCAUGACGACAGCUAUUUCAAAGUUUUCAACUUCUUAAUCUGAGAGUUUCUCUGCGCCAGCGCCUGCUCUUGCUGGUGUCGAUGCACAUCAUUGUGACUCGGGUUCAAACAGGCCUGGCAGGUUAAUAAGGAUUUCGGAGGGUCAGUGCUUGAGACCCUUAAUGUUUACUGUGAGCUAAAAAAAAUAAAACAUUGUUAAAGCCAGGAAACACUGGCAAGGAGUUCUCACUAGAAAAAAAGAUUGAAAGCACUGUAGUAACUGUCCUCAAAGCCAGGAAACACAAGGAGUUCUCACUAGAAAAGGAAUUGAAAGCACUGUAAUAACUGUCCUCAUGUUGCUUCUGUAGUAAUUUAAAUGCAGGCGUGACUCGUUAUGAGUGUUUAAACCCAGAGUGGAGGCCUGCGCUCGGGACAGAGAUGUGACUCUCUUGUAACCUAUAAAGGGUAGUGAUGUCAUGUUGCGCACCACUGCUGUGCAGCGCAGUGACCAGACUGAUCUGGGAUCAUCUGUUUAUAUAGCUUUUUAAAAGUACAACAUUCUGUGGCACCUACUGUGUUACACACCUAGUGUCCUCAAGGAAUAUAUUCCACCCUGUACCCAGCAGAGCUGCAUCAGUAAUAUUCCACCCUGUACCCAACAGAGCUGCAUCAGUAAUAUUCCACCCUGUACCCAGCAGAGCUGCAUCAGUAAGGAUGGAGCUGAUUUUGUUCAGUUAGAACACAACAGCUUAGAGGGGAGGCUUGCUGUGUGGCUGGCUGGUUAUGUGGCUGGCUGUGUGGUUGACCGGCUGGCCGACUGGCUGGCUGUGUGGUUGGUUGGCUGUGUGGCUCCUGAUCACCUCCCAUGAAAUACUCAGGCAGGGUGUGUUUAAACUGGCAGGCAUGGCUAACACUGGGACUCAGCAGCAUGGGUUUACUUGUUUGUUCAUUUAUCUGUUUGCUUAUUUAUUUCUGUAUUUAUUGAUUUGUUUGCUGUGUUUGAUUGUUGUGGUUGGUGUUACGUAUUGAUUUGAUUUUCAUGUGCACUGAAACACUUUGCUUUAUUCCAAUGAUAAAAUAAAGAGAAUUCAAAGAAA